GCAUCCAGUUGACAACUCAAUUCAAUCCACCGUGAGCCACACCCAAGAACACACUCACCGCAGCAAGCAGUCCGUGAAGCGAUGGCGCAUUUCCAGGGCCAGCAGCACGGCCACCCGGCCACCCGCGUCGACGAGUACGGCAACCCUGUGACGGCCGGCCACGGCGUCACCGGGACCGAAGGCUUGGGGCACUUCCAGGGCCACGGCCAGCAGCACGGCCACCCCACCACCCGCCUCGACGAGUACGGCACCCCGGUGACCGCCGGCCACGGCGUUGGGCUGGGAUCCACCGGCACGGGAGUGCACGGCGCUGGGCACGGUGGGUACGGGUCUACCGGCACCGGCGCCCACGACACUGGCGGCCACGGCCGCCAGGUGGGAUACGGUGCCACUGGCACAGGCACCCACGACGCUGGGGGCUAUAGAGGCUCUGGAAUUGCCCCUCGGCACGGCGCCACCGACGCUGGGUUUCACGACGCCGGUGGUUUGGACACGCGGCAUGCCGCGACCGGUACCCACGGCACAGGGCACACCGCCGGCCUCGGCGGCACCGGCACAGGGAUGACCGGGACCCAUGGCACAGGCCACACCGCCGGGCUCGGCGGCACCGGCACAGGGAUGACCGGGACCCAUGGCACAGGCCACACCGGCACAGGGAUGACCGGGACCCAUGGUACAGGCCACACCGCCGGGCUCGGCGGCACCGGCACAGGGAUCACCGGGACCCAUGGCGCAGGCCACACCGGCAUAGGGAUGACCGGGACCCAUGGCACAGGCCACACCGCCGGGCUCGGCGGCACCGGCACAGGGAUCACCGGGACCCAUGGCACAGGGCACACGGCCGGGUACGACGCCACCGGCACCGGGAUCACCGGGACCCAUGGCACAGGGCACACGCCCGGGUACGGCGCGACCGGCACCGGGAUCACCGGGACCCACGGCGCCGCUGGCACACACCCUCAUGGUGGGCUACCCGAGCACAAGACUCGUGGCAUCCUCCACCGCUCUGGCAGCUCCAGCUCCAGCUCGUCAUCCUCCGAGGACGACGGGAUGGGCGGCAGGAGGAAGAAAGGCAUGAAGCAGAAGAUCAAGGAGAAGCUCCCCGGCGGUAACAAGGAGCAGACCACAGCCACCGGCGGCUACGGGCCAGGGUACACGGGGACCACCGGCACAGGUGGGCCAGGGUACACGGGGACGACCGGCACCGGCGGGACCUACGGAACCACUGAGGGGACACACGAGAAGAAGGGCGUCAUGGAGAAGAUCAAGGAGAAGCUCCCUGGCGGGCACAAGGACACCCAGCCGCACACCACCGCGACAGGCGGCUACGGGCAUGGCACCACUGGCACCGGCGGCGGCUAUGGUACAGGCACCACCGGCACCGCGGGGACGCACGGCGCCACUGAGGGCACCCACGAGAAGAAAGGCAUGAUGGAGAAGAUCAAGGAGAAGCUCCCCGGCGGCCACCACUGAACUGAGCCUAACUUGCCUCGGCCUCGGGUUCAGUCCAGUGAAGAAUAAAGACUCGAGGAACCGCCGUGUGCACAAUCUAAGGGCAUAGUGUUAAGUUUUUCAUGUCAUCUUUUUUCUCCGUGUGAUAGAUGUUGCAGUACUGUGACAUGGACUGGUUUCUAAGUACGUUUUGUCUGGUUGGUU